AUGACGCCGUCCCUGCUCCGGCCGCAGGUCCACCUGUCCAAUGCGGAGGCACUGAAGCUGGCGCAGCUGGCACCCGAGGUGCUGAAGAGCAACCCAAAGGUGUUUUCCACGUCGCCGCUGGCCGCCAUGUUCUCUGCAUCGGAGACCGGUGACGUGUGGACUAUUUACGAGAAUCUCCUUUUGGCUUGCCUGCGAACCGGCGACGACAAGUCGGCCUCGGACUGCCUAGAGCGAAUCGUCAUUCGAUUUGGACCCAAGGAUGAGCGUGUGAUGGCGCUGGAGGGCCUUACCAAAGAGGCCAAGGCUACGAAUAAUAAUGACCUUGAUAAGAUAUUGAAAGAAUACGACGCUAUUCUGAAGGAGAAUGAUGCCAAUGUUCCAAUUGCCAAGCGCAAAGUCGCACUUCUUCGAUCAAUGGGCAAGAUUCAGGAAUCAAUCGCCGCUUUAAAUACCCUUCUUGAAUUCAACACUACUGACAGCGAGGCUUGGGCUGAGCUGGCCGACAUGUACCUGGAGGAGGGUUUAUACGCCCAGGCCAUCUAUGCGUUGGAGGAAGUUUUGAUUCUUCAGCCGAAUUCAUGGAAUACUCAUGCGCGACUCGGGGAAGUCUCCCUCAUGGCUGCGUCAGCGUUGACGGAAGGAUCCGGACAGCAAUACGCCAUCGAAGCAUUAAAACGAUUCUCUCGCAGUAUUGAGCUUUGUGAUGACUACUUGCGUGGAUACUACGGCCUGAAGCUGUCUUCUGACAAGCUGUUGGAUGGUUUCAGCAAAGGAAAAAAGCAACAAGAAGAUGGGUUCCCUAUGCCCGAUACCAAGACUAUACAGAAACUCAACCAACUCGCGACGACAAAGCUGGCAGAGAUUGUGCGACGGCACGGUGCCCAAGAAAAGCUGUGGCAAGGGUAUGACGCGGCCGAGGUUGCUGCGGCGCGAGAGCUCCUUUCCAAGUCUUCAGCCCAAGUGGUCAGGUAG